GGCUUCUGGGAAUGUGACAUACAAUGUCAUAAAAAGUAUGGGAAAAUGUGGGGGUUGUAUGAAGGUCAACAGCCUUUGCUGGCUGUCGCGGAUCCAGACAUAAUCAAAACAGUGCUUGUGAAGGAAUGUUACUCUACCUUCACAAACCGGCGGAACUUUGGUCCAGUGGGGAUUUUGAAAAAAGCCAUCUCUAUCUCUGAGAAUGAAGAAUGGAAGAGAAUACGAGCCCUGCUGUCUCCAACCUUCACCAGUGGGAAGCUCAAGGAGAUGUUCCCCAUCAUUAACCAGUAUACAGAUGUGUUGGUGAGAAACAUGAAGCAGGGAUUAGAGGAAGGCAAGCCCACCAUCAUGAAAGACAUCUUUGGGGCCUACAGCAUGGAUGUGAUCACAGCCACCUCAUUUGGAGUAAACGUUGAUUCCCUCAACAAUCCACAGGAUCCUUUUGUGGAAAAAAUCAAGAAGCUCUUAAAAAUUAAUCUUUUUGACCCACUGUUCCUCUCAGUGACACUUUUUCCAUUCCUUACCCCAUUAUUUGAAGCACUAAAUGUCUCUUUGUUUCCAAGAGAUGUCAUAAACUUUUUUAAAACUUCAGUAGAACGAAUGAAAGAGAAUCGCAUGAAAGAUAAAGAAAAG